AAAGAGAGGAACUAGUAGUAGUGCUUUUUGGCGCACAUAUGCAACAUGCACCAGCACAGCCCAGCGCGUCUCUUCCCUUCCCUCUGCAUACCAAGUCCCAAGUCCCAAGUCCCAAGUCCCAUGGUACAACACGAGAGCCACCAGCCUUGCAGUGUCGUUCACGUCCUCCGCGUCCGCCUCUUUCCUCUUAAUUCUUAGGCUACGCCUCGCUCGUCGCAGCGACCGCGCUGCAGGCUCAGCCGCUGGUCUUUAGAGAUCUCGUCGCAUUUAGUCGCCUGUCGCACGUUCCGUCGCACGGGCUGUCGCUCACGCGAAUCUCUGCGACGGCGAUGGAUACCGAAGGCGGAGAUAUGGACGACACGCGGGAGGGGGGAGAACGGGGGGAAGGCGCAGACGGAGCGCCGCGAUGGGGGGCGGAGUCUGCGCAGGACCGAGGCAAACGGGCGCGGGGCGGGGACGGGGAACCGGGGAAGGGCAGGAGUGGCGCAAAGAAGGCGCGCGCCAUGCAUCCGCAGAACCGAUACGCGGAGAACCCGCCCGACUUCCGCGUGCUGGCGGAGCAGCACCCCGCGCUGUCGCCGUUCCUGCUGCCGGCGCGGCGGGCGGGCGGGCCGGUGGGGUUCAUGUGGACUAACUACAACGCGACGCGCGAGCUGACCAGGGCGCUGCUUAAGGCGGACUUCGGGGUGGACUGGUGGAUAGAGCGCGGGCAUCUGUGCCCCACCGUGCCCAACCGCGCCAACUACCUGCACUGGCUGCACGACCUCCUCGCCUCGCUCCCCCCCUCGCAGCACCAACCCGCCUGCGCCGCGGAGCAGGGCGCUGAGGCAUGCGCUGCAGCACCGGGAGCAGGACGGACGGACGGCGGGGGCGAGGGAGGGGUAGGGGGGCCGGGAGGGGGAGAGGGAGAUGGAGGGGGAGAAGGCGGGGGAGAGAGAGAGGCAGGGGGGAGGCGGGCAGCAGUGCGGGGUGUGGACAUUGGCACGGGCGCUAACCUCAUCUACCCGCUGCUGGGCGCCGCCAUGUUCCGAUGGUCGUUCCUCGCCACAGACGUGACAGCGAGUGCCCUGCAGGGCGCAAGGGCCAACAGAGAGCGCAACCCGCACCUCGCACACCUCAUCGACAUACGCCGGGCGGGGGAGGGCGAGGCGUUUGACUUCUGCAUGUGCAACCCGCCCUUCUUCGAGUCGAUGCAGCAGGCCAGCGCCAACCCGCGCACGGCGUGUGGCGGCACGGCAGCGGAGAUGGUGUGCGCGGGGGGCGAGCUGGCGUUCAUCCGCCGCAUCAUUGCCGACAGCUGCAAGCUGCGCUCCCGCAUCAGGUGGUUCACAUCCAUGGUGGGGAGGAAGGUCAACCUGAAGCACUUACUCACCCACCUGCGCUCCCUGCAUGUGCCACGCAUAGCAACCACGGAGUUUGUUCAGGGCCGCACGUCCCGCUGGGGCAUCGCAUGGUCCUUCAUUCUGCACGCCCGCCCCUCCUCCACCUUCUCCCUCUCCCACUCCUCCACUCCCCAUGCACCUCCCAUCGGCCCUUCUCUCCCAAUCGGCCCCUCCCUUCCCCCCAUCGGCCCUUCUCUCCCAAUCGGCCCCUCCCUUCCCCCCAUCGGCCCUUCUCUCCCAAUCGGCCCCUCCCUUCCCCCCAUCGGCCCUUCUCUCCCAAUCGGCCCCUCCCUUCCCCCCAUCGGCCCGUCUUUUCCUUCCACCGCGCCCUCUCCCUCAAUCGGCCCUUCCCUUCCUCCACCUUCCUCCUCGCAUCCGCCCCUGUGCGCCCUCCCAUGCGCCCUCCCCAUGCCCCUGCUGCACCCGAAGACGUCCUUCACACUGCAGGGACUCAAGGGCGCAGGGGCGGUGGGAGCAGUGUGGAAGCAGCUGGUGCGAGUGGUGGGGGAGAGCGGAGUCACGGGCAUUCAGCCCAACCACCACACGCUGUCCAUCCGGGGUACACUGGCAGCACAGGGAGCCGGGGAUGGAGGGGAGUUAGGAGUUGAGAGUAUAGCAGGGGCGGAGCAGGCACAGAGCGCAGCAGCAGUGCAUGUCACCUUCCAGCUCCUACAGCACGCGCCAGGUGCUGUCACUGUCAGUGCCACAGCAAGCACAGCAGGCAGAGCAGCAGGCGGCGGCACAAAGCAACUGCCACCAGGUUACCUGCAGCGGUUCUCAGCCAUGAUACAGCAGUGCCGGCUGAGACUCACCCAGUAGGACCCUCACCACACCACACAUAGUCACCGCAUGGGUUGCGCCUCACUGCUGUCUGCGACAUGCAGCCUCUCAGCGUGAAUGCUGUGCAUUGCAAAAAUUAGAAAACACCAAGCCUAAACCCAAAACCCUGAGCAGCACAAUUGAUGGGCAAUUUGAUUCCUUGUGACUGAAGCAUUACCUCUUACUUCAAGAGCCAACAAGUGGAGUAGACUCUUCAAAGAGGCUGUCCAAUCAAAGCUUGUACAGGUC